UCUUUAUACCAUUGUUUUUGAGAAAUGGUUUUGAUGGAUAGGGCGAUAUCAGAUUUUGGUCGUGAGAGAUAGUAUUUGAUAGCAGCAGUCUUCGUAGGCUUCGCUUCGGCCUUGGAGGCGCUCUCUCCUCAGCUUUUUCGACUCUCUCUCUCUCUGUCGCUCAUGGCCGUACCAGGAUUCUUCUCUUCCACGGCGCUACUCCGGCAUUGUCCUGUAUCGAAAACAGAGGAGGGAGGAGGAAGCUGCUUCCAUGUCUCGCCUCGCCGAGUUUUUCAUCCUCACCGCCUCAACACUUGUUCUGGGAGUGGAUAUCUCAAGUGUAACAGUGACUAUUUUACAAGAAAUUAUUUGCGGAAGAAUAGGACUCAGGCCAUAGCAGAGUAUUUGGGUUCAACUUCAGAUCCUAAGAAGCCAACUGGGCAGCCAAGUUAUCAUCCUUCAGAAGAUAUCAGAGCAUAUGUGCCAGAGAAUCCUGCAGAUUCUAGGCUUUCACCUCCUGAAACUGCUAGAACCAUCAUUGAGGUGAACAAAAAAGGAACCCUGAUGCUUUCAGGUUUACUUGUCAGUGGUUUUCAUGAACCUUGA